AUUAGAUUACAUUAUAUUCCUUUGUUUUAGAAGUUCACACCUCGUGUUUGGGACACUGGACUGGGAGGGACAAAUGUGAAAUGAAAGUGGUUUUUUUUGUGUGUGUGUGUGUAUAAAUAUGAUUAGAAACAGGAAUGUGGUAGUGACAGAAGACACAAAACUAGGCGGCGAAAGGUACCCUGGUCCUCUGAACUACAACGUACUUUAACAUUGUAUUUCGACCCAACGAUAAGAGCAAAUACGUCAGAAUGUCUGCAGCACCCACUGGUACUUGUCCCAAUGAGGGCCGCUUCCCCUCCGCCACGCUUAAUGCCUUUGUGGAACCACUACUGACACCAAAUGAAGGGAAAAACGAUGGUCGGUUAUUAGUGCUCUCCAUAGAUCUCCUCAAGUCUAAAACAGGUCAGAACCGCCUGGAACAUCACACGGACCGUUACCAAAGCGAUGACCUCGUCGUUCGUCGAGGGCAGGGCUUUCAGAUGUGGAUUGAGUUCUCACGAGCGUUCGAGCCCAAAUCUGACAAACUACACCUGGAGCUCAGGCUGGGCCCUAUUCCAAUGUUUUCGAGAGACACCCUCGUUACUGUCCGUCUAGUCGAAAAGUUCGAGAACACGAAAUGGGAGGCAAAGAUCAUAGAACAGAAAGACACCAGGAUAAAAGUGUGCGUCAACUCCCCGCCGACUGCUCCCAUUGGUCGCUACAAGCUCAAUCUGAUAACAUGGACCCCGAAAGGAAGCCACACUUAUAAACACAAACCUGAAAAUGAUCUCUACCUGCUGUUUAACCCCUGGUGUAAAGAUGACGCUGUGUUUAUGGAUAACGAGGACGAGAGGAACGAGUAUGUUCUUAACGAUGUGGGAGUGCUCUACUAUGGAAAUGAUAGUCAGAUUGGAGAGAGGAACUGGAUCUUUGGACAGUUUGCUGACGGGGUUCUCGCAGCAUGUCUGUUCAUACUGGAGAAGAGUCAAGCCUUGAACACAGGUCGGCGAAAUCCUGUUAACAUUGCCAGAGUUGUGUCAGCCAUGGUCAACUCUCCUGAUGAUCAAGGUGUGUUGGAAGGGAAUUGGUCGAGUAACUACGCGAACGGGACGUCCCCAUUGUUAUGGAACGGCAGUGUGGAAAUUCUGAGGCAGUACCACAAAAGUGGAGGAAAGCCUGUUAAAUAUGGCCAGUGCUGGGUCUUUUCAGGGGUCACCAACACUGUCCUCAGGUGUUUGGGCAUUCCCACCCGAAGUGUCACAAACUUCAGCUCGGCCCACGACACGGACGUUUCCUUGACGACCGAUGUGUAUUUUGAUGAGAAAAUGAAUCCGAUUGAGAAGCUCAACAACGACUCGAUUUGGAAUUUCCACGUGUGGAACGAAUGCUGGAUGGCCCGGUCUGAUCUACCAGAUGGAAUGGGGGGUUGGCAGGUUGUAGAUGCCACACCUCAGGAGACAAGUCAGGGCAUAUUCUGCUGUGGCCCCAUCCCUCUGGCAGCCAUCCGGGAUGGACUGGUCUAUAUGAAAUACGAUGCCCCGUUUGUUUUUGCUGAGGUGAACAGCGACAGGAUCGUCUGGCAGAGACAAAGUAACGGCACCUUCACUCAAAUCUCCUGUGAGAAGAAUGUGGUGGGCAAAAAUAUCAGCACCAAAGCAGUGGGUUCUGACCUCAGAGUGGACAUCACACACCUUUACAAACAUCCAGAAGGGUCUGAAGCCGAGCGAAUCGCCGUGGAAACUGCUUCCUCUUAUGGCUCUAGGCCUAAUACCUACCCCUGUGCCGUGGACAAGGAUGUCACAUUAGCGGUCACUGUGGACGAGGUGGGGCAGUGGGUGGGCGAGGAUGCUCGGCUCUCCUUCAUCGUGAACAAUGGGAGCUCUGAGACGCGCAGCAUCAAGCUCUACUGCCAGGUGGCGAUCAUGUACUAUACUGGCGUGCUCAAGGGCACAGUGAAGAAGGAGGAAAUCUCAGUGAAGCUCAAUCCCAAAGAAGUCAAGACACAGGUGUGGACCGUUCCAUAUGAUCAGUACAAGGACCAGCUGGUGGACCACUCUUCCCUGAUGCUCACUGUGCUUGGACGAGUCACUGAGACCAAGCAGGUUCUGGCCAUCAGGCACAGCUUCCGCCUGCGUACGCCCGACAUCAUCCUCACCCCUGUAGGAGACGCCGUGGUGGGGACCGAGAUGGCGGUAAAAAUCACCUUUAAGAACCCACUGUCGCGUGUCCUGAAGAACGUCACACUCCGCAUCCAGGGCUUGGGCUUGCUGAAAGUGAAAGACAUCCGCUAUGGUGAUAUUGGCAGCCUGAAGACCAUCACGCUGACGGAGAAGUUCACUCCCAACUUAUCUGGGCUGAGGAAGCUCCUGGCAUCUCUGGACUGUCAGCAGCUCACGCAGGUCCACGGCGUCGCCGACAUCCUCGUCAAGGAGAAGUAAAGAUGCGCAGGAGAGCGUCAACUCGAGCGCACAGGUUAUCUGGUGCUACGCUUAAUGCAUUUAGGAAUGAAGUUCUUCUGCUGAUUUCUUACAAAAAUAAAGAUAAUCGUUGUUUUUUUGUAUUUUUUUUUUCUUUUGAUAGCACGCUUAUUAAUUAGCACACGUCACAAAGAAAAACAUUCUGAAGCAAGUCACAAUAUUUCUUAUAUCCACGUAUUAUUCAUAUCUGGGUUAAGGAUUAUGCUUAUGUGCUUUUCCUUUUGCACUAAAUCUGCUGAUAAACCAGAGAAAAGAAAAGAAACCAUUCAUGUUCCAUGUUUUUAUUUAAAAUCUAUCAACGCAAAGUUCAUAAAUAAUGUAUGUAAUGUAACAGAUGUGGUUGUAUGAAAUUCUCUCAUCACUUGAACUAUGAAACCCAAAACAUGUUCCAACUUGACAAUACCCCCGUGCACAAAGCCAUCUCCAUGAAGAUCUGCUUUACAUUGGGUUUGAUUUGAUCUUAAA